UUGUCUUUCAGAGUUUUCUGUCGGAGUCACAGUUGUCCUGUCUGGUCGUAGGUUGCUGAGUUUUUGGCGCAGAUCUUCUUGCAGCUUCACCCGUCCGCUAUGAUAUGGGUUGAGUCGACGAUUGCCUGCGGCGAAGUCGGAGUUGUUUGCUCAUAGUGUAGGGAUGGCGAUUCCGCUUGCAUCACUGCUCCUCGCGCCUUCUCGUCUCUUCUUCCCUCUUUUUCUCGUUGGAGCGCGUCAUCCUCGUCUCCGCGGCACUUAAAGUUACACACACGAUUCCCAUGACUAGAGUUUGCACACGUCAACUCAAAGUAUCAGGAAUUUUCGUCUCUAGAAACGCUUCCAAGCCCUGACGAGAGAUGAGUGUUAAAUUUGGCUUGUAGCCCUGAAGAAAACGAGUUUUGGCUUGCGGAGUUUCCUUAUCGACAUCAACUAAUGAUCGUCUUGAUGCAGGGUUACAAUCCACAAACAGUAAACAUUUUGGAUUUUUCAGAGGUUUUAUGUUGUUUGUUUCGUCUCACCAAACUUUGAUGUUCAUUCGUCGGCGUCAUUUUGGAUGUUUCGUCUCGCCGAUGUGCUAAUGAUCGUCUUGGACACGUGUGUUGAGAAGGGGAAAACGGACACACCAGGUGGCAAGUGCUCGUUAAAUAACGAGAACGAUAUGGCUUCCUCAGUCCACACACACGCACGGCGCACUCAGCACCUUACGUGACCCAGCGCGGUCUCACGGCCAUGGAUUCGCCGCUUCUGGUGGCCGCGCUGUCGUCGCUGCUGCUCCUCCUAGCCCUGUACCUGCUCGGCGGCAAGAGGCGGCGCCGGAGCUACCCGCCCGUGGCCGGCACCAUGCUCCAGCAGCUGCUUCACUGGGGCCGGCUGCCGGAGUACAUGACGGAGCUCUCCCGCAGGUACCGCACCUUCCGCAUGCUCACCCUGACCUGCAACUGGGUCUACACCGUCGACCCGGCCAACGUGGAGCACAUCCUCCGGACCAACUUCGCCAACUACGGCAAGGGGCCGAUGACCCACGGCGUGCUGGAGGACCUCCUCGGCGACGGGAUCUUCAACGUCGACGACGCCAAGUGGCGGCACCAGCGGAAGGUCGCCAGCUUUGAGUUCACCACCCGGGCGCUCCGCGAGUACAGCAGCGGCGUGUUCCGCGACGUGGCCGCCGAGCUCGCGGGCAUCGUGGCCGCCGCCGCCGCGGCCGGGGAGAGGCUGGACAUGGAGAAUCUGUUCAUGCGGUCGACGCUGGACUCGAUUUUCACGGUUGGGUUCGGGGUCAACCUCGGCGCGCUCUCCGGAUCCAACAAGAAGGGCGCGGCGUUCGCCAGGGCGUUCGACGACGCCAGCGAGCAGGUGCUGUACCGGUUCCUGGACCCGCUGUGGAAGGCCAAGAGGCUCCUCGGCGUCUUGUCGGAGGCGGCCAUGAAGCGGUCGGUGCGCACCAUCAAUGACUUCGUGUACGCCGUCAUCGACAAGAAGAUCGAGCAGAUGGGUAGAAAUCAACAGGAAUUCGCCAAGAAAGAGGACAUACUGUCGAGAUUCUUGCUGGAGAGGGAGAAAGAUCCCGGCUGCUUCGACAAUAAGUACCUACGGGACAUCAUACUCAACUUCGUGAUCGCCGGCCGCGACACCACGGCGGGGACGCUGUCGUGGUUCCUCUACGUGCUGUGCAGAGACCAGCGCAUCCAGGACAAGAUCGCGCGGGAGGUGCGGGAGGCCACCACCGGCGACCACCAGGACGUGGGCGGCGUGCAAGAGUUCGUGGCGCGCCUGACUGAAGACGCCAUCGGCAGCAUGCACUACCUCCACGCCGCGCUCACGGAGACCCUCCGUCUGUACCCGGCGGUGCCCGUCGAUGUCAAGUGCUGCUUCUCGAAUGACACAUUGCCGGACGGGCACGCCGUGAGGAGAGGGGACAUGGUGAACUACCAGCCCUACGCGAUGGGCCGGAUGAAGUUCCUGUGGGGCGACGACGCCGAGGAGUUCAGGCCGGAGAGGUGGCACGACGACGACGGCGUGUUUGUCCCGGAGAGCCCCUACAAGUUCACCGCUUUCCAGGCGGGGCCUCGGAUCUGCUUGGGAAAGGAGUUCGCCUACAGGCAGAUGAAGAUAUUUGCAGUUGUUCUUCUCUACUUUUUCAGGUUUGAGAUGUGGGAGCGCAACUUCACGGUGGGGUACCGCCCGAUGCUCACGCUAAAAAUGGAUGGCCCGCUCUAUGUUCGUGCGUCGCCCCGGCGAUCUACCAGGAACUAGCGUGCUUGCUACUAUAAGAAGUCCAGUCUCCAAAACGUUUGGAUGUUCCCCUGUUCCGUUGUGAUGACCACUGAUAAUAUGACUAGUGGCAGCACUAACAUAAACUCUAGCAGGGUUGCCGUA